CUUUCGUGAUGCAGGUGUACCUCGCAUCUGAGCUAGAGACGCUUCAGCCUGAUUGAUAACACUGCUCCAAAACGUCCUGCUCUGGUGGUUUCAUGAUAGUGUCUGCUUUUUGAAGACGGCCACAAAAUGAGUCUUGAAGGUACCUUAAAAUCUAAACUGCUUCUGCAGGAGUGCCAUUUUACUUGGUCUCUAAGAGAAGAAGAUGACUUUGUUCUCUGUGAUUUACUGAAUCGUCUGGAGGAACAGAUUCAGCUGGAAUGUAAAGAGGCGAGAGUAACACGAGCUUACAACAGUCUUGGAUUCGUUCAGUAUCUCUAUGGCAACCACCAGGAAGCUCUCGCAAAUCUGCAGAAAUCAGUGGAGCUUGCAAAAGAACACUACAAAGACAGUGAUGAAUUUCUUAUUGUUACCUAUGGAGACCUUGCCUGGUUGCACUAUCAUAUAAAUGCGUUCUCUAAAUGUGAAGAGUACUUGAGAGAGUUAGAGAGAGUCCGCAGAAAAUGUUCUGGGGGGUUCACUUAUACUGUCGAGGUUCUCAGAGAAAAGGGUUGGACUUUUCUUAAAUUCUCUAACAAAUACUCACAUGCUGCAAAGGAAUGCUUUAGACAGGCCCUUGAAAUGAACCCGGAUGACAGUGAUUUAAAUGCAGGCUAUGCUAUUGCACUGUACCGCACAACAAAAGACACUCCUGACUCUUCAGGUUCACCAACAAUAAAACAGCUUGAAAGAGCUAUAGAACUUAAUCCAGAUGAUGCUGUUCUAUUACUAUUGUUAGCCGUAAGAAUGCUGAAUAACAGAGAUGAUGAGACAUUCGAACCUGCACUGAAGAAGGUGAUUGUGGCACUGAGGAUGCCUGAAAACCCACACGUCAUAAGAUACACGGCAAAAUUUUUCCGCCAAUUAGGAAACAUGGAUAUUGCCAUUAAUCUACUAGAAGAUGCCUUGCAGGCUACCCCAAACUCUGCCUUUAUACACCAUCAAUUGGCUAUGUGUUACAAAAAGAAAAAAACAUACCUGGAAAAGAAACAUAGGAUGCAUGGCAAAGCAAAGUUUAAUACUAAAAUGUCAGAUGAAAUACAGCAAAACCUGGAUCAGUGCAUCUAUCAUCUGGACAGGGCGAUUUCCCUAAAGCCGUCAUUUGUGAAUGCCGUGGCAGAUUUAGCACUGCAUCACGGACAACUUGGCAGCUUCAAAGCUGACAGACUUUUUGAAGAAGCAUUUAAAUUGGCUUAUAAUGAAAAGAAACAUCUGCAGGCAGUUCAUUAUUUAUGUGGCCAAUACCAGCUCUACUACAAAAGAUCUGAAGAACUGGCCUUCCAACAUUUCAUGCAAGGUCUGAAGCUGCAACCAGAAUCAGAGCUAGGCAAGUUGUGUGAGGACAAACUUAAAACCAUGAUGCAACAUCGUAUUAAAUGGCUGAAAAGCCCGGAUGAUGGCAUGGUGUGUGGCAUACAGGGAUUCAUUCAUGAAGUAAAGGGUGAAAAACUCAAGGCUGAAGAGUUUUAUGAGAGAGCCCUAAAAAAUGGAUUACAUUUUGGUGAAAUGUUCACAGAGAUAAGGAUUUGGCUCAUGAGUUUCGGUGAAACAGAAAAAUCUGUUCUAAGCCAGAUUUUUGAUGGAGGAAGUUACAAAAUUGAAAGUGGUAGGAUUAAGACUUUCAAAGGUGCAAUGAACAAGAAGAUUGUGCACUUGGUUGAUAUUGAUAUCUGUAAUGCCAAGAGGAUUCUUCGAUGGGAAAAACUGACUCCUGGGCCUCAUGCCGUUCUUCUUGCAUUUACUCUACAUGAUGGCAAAUUCACAGACCAAACCAAAGAGAUUCUUGAAAAUCUGGAGUUUCUUGGAGAGAAAUUCUGGAAUCAUGUCGUCGUAGUAUGUAUCUGUAGCUCAGAUGCCGUUGUAGCUCAGAGAGGCGUAUUGGAUUGGCUUCUUGAAAAAUGUGGGGACAAAUACUACAUUUGUGGCUCUGCACCUGAAUCCACAGAGAGGAGGGAGCUUUCAGACAGGAUACAGAUGAUGAUCAGGAAAAAUAAUUCUAUGCAUCUGGUAUUACCCGACAUUUCAGAUGGAGAUUCUCAAUCCCCUUUAGACAUUUUAAGAAGGCUAGAUCUGAAAGAUUAUUUGUUCACUCCUGAGAUCGUCAUACAAGAGGGACAAAGGAGAUACAGGUUACAGUGCAGCCAUGCAGGCUGGUUCCAUUGUGAGUUUACACAGAUUGGUUUUAACAUGGAGGGGGAAGGAGAGGUGCUGUACAGCACUGUUCUUCAGGAUAACGACUGUCCAGUCCCUGCCAACUAUUGCCAAGCAGGACCCGUGUAUGAUAUCAAAUGUGUUCAGGGUGAGCUGUCUCAGCUCAGACUACCUCACUGUGAGACCUCCAUUGAGGAUGCCUGCCACUUCAUGUCAGUUAUACAUUAUUCUAAUCAGAUUGUUGAUAUUCUGGAGCCUCAAAAUAUCACAAGCACACAUGUCACAGUGAGCAUCAAAGGAACAUCAAAGUUUUUUAUUUCCAAAAAGGAAAACUGGUUUACGGGUCAUUGGUCUAAGAUGCUCGGCCAAGUGAUGCUAUUCUACAUACAGCCAGCACAUGGGCUGCAUGUGUUUCUACAACCCUGCAGUGUGGACCCCAGAGAAGUGGAAAAAUGUAAUAAAGAUUACACAUUAAUCCAAACAGCUUGUGAAUGCAUGCUCAAAUAUGAAUGUGUGUACAGCUUGUCCUGUGAUCCUGUUGAGGAACAUGGACUUUCAGAGACGCCAAAGAUACAACCAGUGGACACAAAACUUCAUUGCACGAAGCAGUGGAAACAUUACUAUCCAACAUUUGAUAUAAAGUUGCCAGAUGGUGUGAUGGAUGUGGGUUUACACCUCAGAAAGGAAAACCCCAAGGAAGGAAAGGUUGAAGUUGUAUGGAGCCGUGACAUAACACUGACAGACUAUACAGCAGAAAACAGCAGACCGAUAUGAACAGAUGAGUGGUGUGUAUCCUUUUUGAAAAACAACAAAGCUGAGUUUAUCCAAAGAGUGAGAAAUGUUAAUGUCAUUUUAGAUCACCUUGGAGACAUUAAUGCAAAUGAACAGGUAAAUAAAAUCAGAGCAAUGGCAACAUCUCAGGAAAAAAUGAGGAACAUCUUUGAAAUCAAGGACGAGGUCUUUUGUCAGAAUGGAAGUUUUUCAACUUUAGAAGGCAGAACCAGCUCUUAUGAAAGAUAUGAUUACAGACAACUAAGACCACUAAUGCACGUGAGAUGAACAAUAGAAAAACUGAACAGAAUAUUUUUUUUUUACUAUAUUUAAUUUUAUAAUACUGUGAUGUCAAAGCAUGUGAUAUUGACCAGUGUAUAUCUGACAGUCUUUUAAUAUUAUUUGAGCUGUACUGCUACUGCUAUAGUGAAAUGUGAAAAUGUUUUGGAUUGUUUUUCCAUGGGUUUGUCCAAUUUACGAUCACCUAUAAGGUAAAUAACAGAAGUAGAAGUGACAUUUAGAAUAUAAUAUCUGUUAUUUCCUAUUUCACUUCAAUAUAAAGAGGUGCUGUAGAUUAUCUUCAAAUUAUAAAUGUUGUUAAUUUAAAUGUAUGUUGAGUUUGGAGUAAUAAUGUAUAAACUGUUGAUUUUUUAGCAAUUUGGUUCAGUCCUUUAAUAGCAAGUGGGAUACUGGGAUUUUGUGAAAUGUUAUGUAAAAAAGAAUAGGCUAUUCAUUACUAUUUGAUGUUCUAAAUAAGAUUGCUGAUGCUUAUGAUACAAUGUUUAAUUCAUAAAUGCAAAUGUUCGAUGACUGUUCCAUCAUACUCAAACCAAUUUUUUCAACAACUUUAACCUUUUUCUAUUGUAUGCCUGUGUGCAUGUUGCUCGAGUUUGUUCUCAGUCUG